ACGCAACCAAGCAAGGAUUUAAACAGAUACCUGGUGGACAAAUUCCAUCUCCCGACUACGAAAUCAAAGAAUGCACCUUUUGAAACGAUCGAUCUUUCAAUAUACAGGCCCUCUGCAAAAUGUCUUGCAUUUUCAACAUCAGAAGAUCGCCUUCUACUAUGGAUCACAGCGUUCCAAUACCGCUAUCACGAGCUUACCGGAAAUGCUGCAGAAUAUAAGGUGACAUGGGAAGAACAAGACAGCCCUAGUUCAGCUUCGAAGUGCGACAAAAUCAUUAUUCAUUUAAUCAGACUAACAUCCACCGGUGAAGAACAACUAGUCACUAUCACAGUCUAUCUAACGACGGGGAGGAUUCAAGUACACGGGAAAAAAUUUGAAGAGUGGAGCGAAUUUGAAUUUCCCGUACUCCUAAAUAUCGUCAAGACAUUGAAUGAUCAACAGCCCCGCCCCACCCAGUUCGACAAUUCAUCCCUAUUUGGAUCUUCGCUCCACAAAUUUUUU